AAAGGCCUGCCUUUUGUUCUGGUUGAGUUUCACUUCUCAAAUCAGAGUCUCCAUUUCAUCUGCCGCUUAAGACAACCAACCAAACGGCAUCGUUUUCUUCCUCAAAUGGUAAAGAGUUUACAAGGUGGAGAUCAAAACCUCCCGGCAGACGUCAGCCAAGUGAUUGAUCUGCUGGAACGCCACUGUUUGGCUCCUGAUGGCUCUCUCGUAUCCAAAUCCGCCUUCUACGAUCUCCAACACGCGCGAGAAGAAAUGUCUAGAGAGAGGUUGCGGUAUUUAGAAGCCAUGGCAAUUUACUGUGAAGCAACUGCUAUGGUGGAGGGUUAUCAACAAGGUGUUUCGGUUGCUAGUCUUGGAGGCAUUCGUGAUGUUCAGGGACUAUACUCACAACUUGGUUUGAAGAACUCUCCUCAGGUUUAUGAGACUUUAGAGCACAGGUUGGUUGUUGCAGAAGCAGCGCAAAGGCUGAGACUUCCACUUAUAUCAAAAGAUGGUGACAUUCUUGAGGAAGAAAUUGAAAAGUGGAGUACAAUUUCACGCAGUUCGCUUGAUAGUACAAGCACCAGUGUCACAAUCAACUCUAGCUCUACCUCAAUGAAUUAUGCCAAUAGUUUGGUGAACAGCACCACAAGUGUGAAUGCCCUUGGCUCUAAUGAUUCCGAACCUGGAGUUGGUGGUGUUCCUAAUCGCUUUCUUGGCAUAACCCCUACUUAUUUGUGGCAAUCUCAGCUCCAACAAACACCAUUGACUGUGGAUAUGGCAGAAUAUCAGAUAUCUGUUUGCCAUGAGAUUGAAGCACGUCUAAAAGCUAAAUGUGAUAAGUUAGCAGAUGCCUUCAUUGAUGACAUUGAUUCAUCUUCUGGUAGUCAUGCAUCAAGUGCUCGUCUUCCUGAAAGGGUUAAGAUGAUAAUUGAAGAGAUUGAAAGGGAGGAAGCAGCUUUGCGUGAGGACCUUUACUCAGCAGAUAGAAAAUUUGCUGAGUAUUACAAUGUCUUGGAACAAAUACUUGGAGUGCUCAUUAAACUUGUCAAAGAUUUGAAGUUGCAACAUCAACACAAAUAUGAUGAACUUCAAAAAACUUGGCUGUGUAAAAGGUGUGAGACCAUGAGUGCAAAACUAAGGGUUCUGGAGCAUGUUCUCCUCCUUGGAACUUAUACUCAGGAAUCAAUACCAGCCCUGCAUAAAAUAAGGAAAUAUCUUGUUGAGGCUACUGAAGAGGCUUCAGUUGCAUAUAAUAAAGCGGUCACACGUCUUCGUGAGUAUCAGGGUGUUGAUCCACGCUUUGAUAAUAUUGCGAGGCAGUACCAUGACAUUGUAAAGAAACUGGAAAAUAUGCAAUGGACAAUCCACCAAGUCGAGAUGGACCUCAAACAGUUACCAGACGCCUCGAGCACUUGAAAUUUUGGUUUGUAUUUUCAUUUUGUUCAGCUAUGUAACCUUUGCAUUUAUACACAACAUGCUAUUUUUCCCCUACUAAGCUUGGUGCUUGUGUUAUUUUAUAUAUAGUUUAUGAUAAUGAAAAAGAAUAUGUUUUCAUCUCAUCAAGCCAUUUGAAACGCAUGUAAGAAGCAUAUUGGUUUUGUUGUAAACAGCUGGUUGAAGCUCUUUUUGUAGAUCACCUCUUUACAAUCCAUUGCUUGUUUGUGACAAAUGUGCAAAAUAAUUGGAAGGUUGCUUUAUGAACCCAUUUGUUUGUACCUCCUGGUUGAUCAGGUGUACACUAAUGUUUUCAGGCCAGACUGGUCAUUAACCUAGUCAAGCAUUCUGUUCAAGGCUUGACUAGUCUGAUUGACGAUUGGAUCUGCGACGAAUUAAAUAAACAUUAAAACUAUAUUUAACUAAAUUAAAUUGUGACAUGGUGAUAUAUGAUACACAUUUCUUACUAAAUAGAAAUGGUUAUGUACUCAUAAUUGAUUGAUCAUUAAGAACAAAUAUAUUGAAUAUAUAUAUUUAUGAACAUGAUGCUUUAAGACGGUUUGACUUAUUACUUGAAAGUUUAUAUCUACUGCUCUUUUAUUAGUAUUUUGGAUAUAAUUUGGCAACAUUAUAGUGUUAAUGUUAAAAAUGUUGUUCCCUUGCCAUUGCACAAUUUUUUUAUCUAUGGAACAAUCAGGAGGGUAUUUUUAAUGUACUCAUAUAAUUGGGUAUAAUUAAACCUUAAUAUAAUGAAUUUAGACAAUUGAUCGGAUUAUGUUUCUAUAGACAAUAGAUAAUAGUGUGUUUCCGAUUUGAUAGAAAGUGAAUCGGAUUAUGUUUCUAUCUAGUUACUGUCAUAUAUGGGAUACAAUCUUGUGAUUACAAGAGAUGGAAUUGACAUAGUAGGGCGACCGUGGGAGCUUUUGAGUUUGUUAAGUCUUACUCUUUUCAUUUAUUUCUAGACAGAAAGACUUUUAUCAAUAUUUUAAGUUGAUUUACGUGUAGAUAAGUGAUUAGUUAAAUUGUUAUAUAAUGAUUAAAAUAAGAUCUGAAUUAAACCAAUUUAGUAUCAAUCUAGUAUUCAAUUUGAAAUGAGAUGAAUUUAAGUUACUAUAAUCCCAUCUUAAGUUUAAGUCGAAUCAAUACAAUUCUAACAAGUUGUCAAUAAAUUCAUAUGAUUACUUUUUUUAACUAUAAUUCUUUUACAAAGGAUUUUUCUUUGUCAUUUUUUCUUCUCAUUUUUUGACCCUUUCUCUUAUAAGUUUGUUGUAAAUUUGAGCUAAACUUCAUAAAUUUGAAUCUAAUUUGAAUUAAUUCUGGUUCAAUCUUGGCUCGGCUGAAAUCCUUCCUCACCAAGGUUAACCACGUCUUUAAUGUCCUUUCCUUGAGAGGACUUCCAAAGAGCCUGACGAAUUUGACCUGACAAUAAGGCCAUCGUCGAAGAAGGUCCCAGAUGAUAAGCCAACUAGACUUGCACGAACAUAGACAACUUUUAGAUGUUGGAUGAAUGUUCUUUUACUUUCUGGAUUUUUCUGCCAGGUUAAUCCAUGGUACCACACAGAUUCCUUUUGGAACCCAAUUCUCCCUUAGCGUGUAGACUCCACCUUCAUAGUCACAUAUUCGUCGCCAAAACCCAACCUCCACCAUUCCUUUGGCAUAUUCUUCAUCAUACAUCGAUCACGUGUCAACGUCCAACCGACCUUAAUCUUCCUAUAUAUUCCCUCUCUGCGCCUCCGUGAUUUCUUAUUGUGUAACAGAAGCCAAAGUUUCCAAUUUGAGCUUUUAAAGCAACAGAGGCAGAUUUCUCAAGUUUUCAACAAGCAAAGUUCAUGGUUGACAGAGACUUUCAGAUACCAUCAUCCUUUGAUCCAUUUUCUGAGGCCAAAAAGUCAGAAAAUUCCAAAGGAGGCUAUGUUCAUCUCCGGGUUCAGCAGAGGAAUGGGAAGAAAAGCAUAACCACUGUUGAAGGCCUUAACCAGAAUCUCAGCUACACCAAGAUCCUGAAAGACCUCAAGAAAGAGUUCUGCUGUAAUGGAAAUGUUGUCCAGGACAAAAACCUUGGCAAGGUGAUUCAGCUUCAGGGCGAUCAGCGCACCAAUGUUUUAAACUUCCUUGUCAAAGAAAAGCUUGUGGAGAAGAGCCAGAUCAAGGUUCAUGGUUUUUAAGGGGGUGGAGCCCUGUGAUUUGGAGAAUGUUGUUGUAUGAUCAGGGUGAUUUUGUUGAGUUUGUUUUCACUUUUCCUUGUUUUUAUGCUUCUCUGUUUGGUGAAUUUGUAUUCUGGUUUGGAUACCAGACUGUUGAGGUUUGAUUAAUAAUGGAAACUGAAAUAAUUGAAGUUUCAUUAA